AUGGGCAUCUAUAAGUUCUUGAACCUCCAGAUGAUCCCCUGGUGCUUCCAUCUGAUGGGCAACCACAUCUCCUGCGUCCAGCUCCAGCCUGAGCCCUCUCCGCCGCCGCCCUCCUCCGCCGACGACGGCACCGUCAAGCUCAUCCACUCCGAUGGCCUCGUCAAGACCUACCACCGGCCGAUCCGGGCGUCCGAGCUCAUGGCCCAGUUCCCCAAGCACCUCGUCUGCCGCUCCGACUCGUUCUACAUCGGCCAGAAGAUCCCGGCCCUGUCCGAGCACGACCUCCUCCAGCUCGGCCACAAGUACUUCCUCUUGCCCCAGCAGUUCUUUCAGUCCGUCCUCACCUUCGUCACCAUCGCCUCCUUUGUGUCGUCGCAAAAGCCGCAGGACCCGAGCACGCUUCCGCGGGACGGCAAUAGCUCUCGGAACGCGUUCCUGAGAAAAGCUGCCGGAUGCCAGCCCUUCGACAUCCAGAGGACGCCCUCCGGGUGCCUCCGGAUAUGCGUGUCCGACGAGUUCAUAUCGCAGCUGAUGGAGGAGGGAGGGCGAGGCGAAAAGGAAGCAAGUAGCGAGGGCAGCAGCGGCGACGGCGAGCAGAAGCCCGUCGGGAGAGUGUGCACGACGCCCCAGCUGGAGCGGGAUUACUCGCAGCUGGUGGGGUCGUCGAGGCGGUGGGAGCCGAAGCUCGAGACGAUUAGGGAGAGCGACAAGAAGAGCAGGUCUUCCUCUUCCUUCGGGAUGAAGAGGAGGAAGAAGCAGCCACCGCCGCCAUCCAAAGUUUCAGCGCAGAAUCACAAGAUCCAGAAAUCGUCGGAGAGUCACGUCCAUGCUGCCGUGGCGGUGGCGGCGACGACGACGGCAACCUCGACGAAACCUUCUUACCGAGCUAGGAUCAAAAUUAGAUCAAGAAAAUGA